AUGAGAGCAGAACCAGCAGCGAUUUUAUCGGCGUUGCUCCGUCCCCACGCGGGAUACUAUCGAGAGGGCUUUUCCACCGAUGGCGUGGACUCUAACAAUGCAGUGGUGCCGACAGGCUAUGGAGGAACAGUUGAUUUUUUAAAUGCGGUCCCAAUCGCUAGUGUCGAGCCUGAUGUAGAGGUUACCUAUGAUGACUGGGUCCACCCAGAAGACCUACCUCCUAUGCCUCAAUGCGUGGCAGAACAAGACCAAUCAAGCUUGCUGAAUAUCAUGUCGAAGUGUACGAGUAAGAGAUGCACCAAACGAGUUGGUUUUUGCUGGCGUCAUCAAUGGCUGACUGAUACACACUGUCUUGGCACGGAACUCUCUCCUCAACUCUUCAGUCAAUACUUUGACUAUUGCAGUCGAUCAGUUCUCGCCAAGGCGCAGUUGUAUCAAUGGGUCCAGAAAAUUACAGGUCGCUCGUGGCUUGUCGACGUUGGUGACACAACCGACGUGCUAGAACUUUCGCCUUCCUCCUUAGAAAAGGGUUUUGCAAAUGUCAAGAUCACAAAUCGGGCUCCAAGUUGCCUUACAGAUGCAACGAGUGCUUCGUCCUCGGAGCGUUUUGGACAUGUAUUUACAUCAUGCAGGUUCACAGAUUCGACACGGCAUACAGGUAAUGUCGAACGUCCAUGGGAAUAUAACGAAGGCAUGAACGCGCUACUUAGCCUCGAUACCGAGAUAGCCGGUUACGAUCUUACGGGUGGCAGCAUCAGCAACGGAGACUACUUUGAUAUCAAAUGUUUCUGUAGCACAUACGGCUUAGACCUUCAAUCCACAACCUGUUCUGGCCUUGAUACCACGCGAGAAUACCUGUGGAUGAAUGCCAUCUGCGGGCCAACGUCACUUCCCGACAAUUGGAAAGAUUCACUCAUGACGACCGACUAUGCAUACAUACCUGUCGAAGACUGGAACUGGCCAAGCUGCGUUACCGAUAUGCCCGUUGCAAUCACGGAACGUCCCCUGCAGUGUGAGACUGACGCUUGUGAGGUCGAUCCCGAUGGAUAUUGUGAAACUACGCCCUCAAUUGACAGAGCUUGUUUUUGCCAAGGUAUAAGCUACGACUCCUGUGGCGGUUCAUGCCACAUCUUCGAGACGAGAAUCGAGUAUUUGGAAUGGCUCAAUACAACAUGUGGUCUACUACCGGAUUGGAAUGGUCUACCAGAUGACUGGCAUCAGCUCAUCAUUCCUACCAGUCUUGAUAUGAUGCCUUGGAAGUGGACCGUUAAGUCGCUCCAGAACUCCAGCAGUGGACCCUCAGCACCAGACAGACAGGAUGAGCAAUGUGCUUCCAAUGCAUGGAAAUUGGGUAGUUUCAUUCUCAUCAACAUGGCAACAUUGCUCGCAACUAUCGUGAGUCAGAAAAGGGGCAGAAACGACAUGCCGUACGAUAUACUAUCCACAAACAAUUCCCAGUCUUGGUUCCUCAGAGGGCUGUUACUUACCGGAUUGUCUCUCUGCGCAAUGGAACUCAACGCUUACCUCGUCACAUCGACUGCCGGCUAUGAAGCCGUGCCAGUGAUUGGGCUCAUGCUCUUGUGGUGUACCAUGCCUAGGCUAACCUGGAUUACAACAUUCAUGGCGUGGAAACGUCCACUCGAAGCGAUGGAGUGUUCCAUUGCUAAAGCCGCACUCCUUAUGGAACUCGUUCUCCAAGCCUUAGCGUCGAAAUACAUGCUGAAAACUCUCACGUACGGCGUAGAGCACGGCUUCUAUACCAAUGGGUCCGGAAGAUUGCCAGGGUCGACCUCUACGCAGGCUAUGUACGCAGGAGCAUUACUAUGGGUCGUUGUUGCUACCAGUACUAUCUUUGUUCUACUCGUCAGCUUACAUCUGCACCUUCGCUCUCAUAGUAUGGAAAGAGCGAGCACAAGCGGCAACUUGGAACAAGAACCGCUAUUGAGCCACCAUGAGGCCAACUCCGAUACCACAUACAGUACAAUCCCAAAGGACGCCAGUGACUUACCACAGGAAAAGGGCUUGACUCCACAGGAGAAGAAUACGAUCAUGAUAUGGUCUGGGUUCGCAAGCGUUGUCAUGCUCUUCCUUUGGGUCGCACAAUGGCUCUUCUGGGCGGGAUUCAUUGGUCUGGCGUUGACUGAGUACGUGACAACAUUGAAUCAUGAGUCAUAA